ACAUAUACAUACGUCAUCACUGGGCGACAGCUGGAACGUAAACAAGUGUGAAACCAGUAUCAUCCUCCGUUUAAAAAAAAAAAAGAGAAAGAAAACGAAGUCUAAAUAUGCCCAAAGUUGUGUCUCGGAGUGUGGUGUGCUCGGACACCCGUGACAGGGAAGAGUAUGAUGACGGAGAGAAACCUCUGCACGUGUAUUACUGUUUGUGCGGACAGAUGGUCCUGGUUCUGGAGUGUCAGAUAGAGAAAUUACCUAUGAGACCACGGGACAGCGCUCGAGUGAUUGAUGCAGCAAAACAUGCCCACAAGUUCUGCAACGUGGAGGAAGAUGAGACUGUGUACUUAAAAAGGUCAGAGGGCAUUGAAAGGCAGUUUCGAAAAAAAUGUGGAAAGUGUGGUGUGCUCUUGUUCUAUCAGCAUCAGAUGAAGAGCACUCCAGCAACGUUCAUUGUGGAUGGAGCUUUGGUUAAGUUUGGACAGGGAAUUGGGAACACAAGUGUGUACAGUCAGAAACAAGAGCCGCCUAAGAAAGUCAGGGUUAUGAUGACAAAGCGCACCAAAGACAUGGGCAAGUUCAGCUCUGUUACUGUCUCAACGAUCGAUGAAGAAGAGGAGGAGAUUGAAGCGCGGGAGGUGGCAGACUCCUAUGCCCAGAAUGCCAAAGUGAUUGAGAAGCAGCUGGAGAGGAAAGGAAUGAGCAAGAGGAGACUACAGGAACUAGCGGAACUUGAAGCUAAGAAAGCCAAGAUGAAGGGAACUCUCAUUGACAACCAGUUCAAAUGAAGAUUGUGUGUAUGGGAGUAUGAGUAUGUUGUGCUUCAGAGAGAAUGUGUGUAUAUUUGCACAAUAGCUUGUGUGAAUGGGUGGAAUAAAAAAAAUAAAUAAAUUACAUUGUCUUGAAAUUGAAAUUUUCUUGAAAAAAACUGUUUUUCAUACUAUACUUCAUUAAAUUAAAGUCAGCUGAAUGGCAUUUUUUCUUCUAUCAGAAGUUUUUGCGUUAUGGCAUAGAUGCAGAUGCCCUUGGUUCUCUCUCUCCUCACAGUGAGUUGUUGAGAUUUUGGACCUUAUUCACGCUAGCGCUAUCUUUGAUUUUUUAAUGGGAAUUACAAUGAGGCUCUGAGGAGAGACUUACAGUCUCUUCAAUGGGCUGUACUGCAGUUGAAUGUUUUUUUGGAUCGUUCCGCAGACAAAAUUUAUAAAAUAUUUGUCCAUGAACAUUUAGUAUACAAAGAGUUGUGGAAAAUCAGAAGUGAUCGAUCUAGGAGCUUUAUACAGCUUUAUACUAUUUGUGCCAUUGAAGAUAUGGUAAGUAUAUCCUUCACAGCCUCGUUUUUAUUCCCAUUAAAAAUCAAAUAUUGCGUUUGCGUGCAUUAUAUUUUGUAGGCUAAAACAGUAAAUUGUUAAAUUUACCCAUAAAAUGGACCUUACUGAAAGCUUUUCUUCUGGAUUCACAAAUGCUGUGUACACCCCAGAUUUGUUAGUUAUAUGUGUGUAUGUUAGUGAAUUCCAAACAUUUAUAAAUUAUCAUAAUCCAUGGCCAUGAAAUCACCUUAUAAGGAAGGUACUUGUAAAUGUUGCUAGUUGCUAGUAAAUGCUUUUAACAUCUAUGUGGAACAGUAAUGAAAUGCUUUCACAUCAUAAUGCAUACAAUGCACACAUAUAGCAUCUCAAGGAAAGUGAGAAACCUCUUGUCUUCGCAUGUUUUUGCUGUUAUCAGAGGCUCUUUUUUUUUAAUCAAUAAAAACGGUUUGACAUGAAGUUUUAGUUAAAAAAAAAAAUCACUUCUCACUGGCAGGAGGAUGUCCACCACCAUUAACCUUCUCUGGUUCUGUUCUUGGACCGAAAUGUUGUAAACUAAAAGAUUUGCAAGCUGCAACAGUGUGUAUGCUUUUGCUUUUUUGUUGUUUGUUUUGUUUUUACUAUUUUGCAUAAGUAUUUUGUUCACACUUGCUUGCGAU